CAAUGCAUUGUGGGAAAUGUAGUUCAUUGGUGUUGUAGUAAAAGAAGCCACAGCCCUGUCUUAAAGUUUGAAGUUGAACCAUCUUGGCUGUAUAGAACAACUCGUUUUUAAAACUGACCGCGGUUCGUAUCGUUAUUGCCGUUUCCUAAUAGUGUCUAAAUCCAUAUCUUUAUAAAUCGCUUGCUGACGAAGCUGACACUUUUCAGUUCAGACCCUUUACAACUUCCAGGAAGUGAAGAACUUUUCGUUUCAGGCGCUCUAUUUGGCCUUUAAGACGCUGAGCCGUGUAGAUGACCUUGAGGUCUGACGAUGGCGUCCCACCCUCAUUCGGGCCCUGAUUUAAGUCCAGGACACAGGCAGUCGGUGAAGGCUCUGCUGUUGGGAUCACAGCAGCUCUUGGUGGCAUCUCUGUAUAACUUGGCACCGCUGUUAGACUGUGUCCUGGCUGCAGGUCUGCUCUCUCUGGAUAACUACCUUGAAGUGAAGGCGGAAAAGACACCCCAGAAGAGUGCUCGCAAGCUGCUGGAGAUUGUUCAGGGUCAGAUGGACGAGAACGGAGCCUUAUGCUUCUUAGAGUGUCUGCGGGAAUGUAAGCAGCAUUAUCCGCGACUGCGCAGCUGGCUGGCUGCUGAAACAGAGAUCCAGCGUGGACCCACAGAGCGGAAGCUGCAGGCUCAGUUCGCAUGCCUAUGUAGCCGCCUGGGCUUCUCUGUGCUGCCCGUGUCUCUGGCUCUGUUCUCCAACAGCGUCCUCACACAGUUCGAUCUGGAGCGGGUCCAGGCAGCACCAACCCCUACUGAGCAGAGCCACAUUCUGUUGACCAUCUGCCUUACUAAAGGAGAGAUGGCCUGCAAGAGCUUUUACACGGCGCUGUACAGCGAAGACCCUCAGCUCAGUGAGGACAUAAACAGUAAGGAGUCGUAUGCAGUCAGUAGUUUGUUAAAGGAUUUGUCGCUGAACAGCAAAGAGGUCAACAGCAUCGGUGUGGCAGUAGAGGAAACACGGGAUACUGCAGCAGGACACCUGCCUUACUCAGAAGUGCUGCAGCAGGUGAGAGCUCAGCUAGGUGUGGCUGUGGGAGACGAGGCCAGGCUGAACGUGUGUAAGCUCGGGGUCGCAGUGGGUCUGCCACGUCGUAUGGUCAAAGAGUGUCUUCUAGAGGGGGUGAGCUUAGAGGAUUCGGCCCAGCUGGAGGCUCUGGUGGCUCUGUUCAUGGAAAAGACCCAGGACGCAGAGCGGCUCCUCGGUAGAGUCGCAGAACUCGAGUUUGGAAGCGUGCAGCUCUCUGAGCGAGGCUGUUUGUCUCUGAAGCUCCUGCAGGAAGCUGAUGCUCUCCUCCGAGGUGGGAGCCACAGUCACAAACACACCUGGGAUUAUCUGCCUGAUCAGGGUCACCUGGACGGUGCAGACUGUGAUGAUUGCACAUUGUGGACUAUCUUCCGCUACUUGGUGUGGGACUGCCUGGUCGAAGCCGUGGAGGAACCCAAGCUGAAGGCCAGCGGUGGCCUGGCUACGAUGCUGCAGCAGCUGCACGGCUGCACUCGAGUGGACAUGGAGCUCCUGCAGGAGCUGGAGCAGUGCUGGAGUGAAGGAGGAGCUGAAAACCUGCUCCAGAGCAUCAGGGUUCUGGCACAGAUUCUGAGGGACCUGCACUCACUACAUGCUGGCAUCAAUCUCUCGAGCCCUGUGGAGGGCUUGUAUUCCUGCUGGAGUCGGCUUCACAGGGUCACGUCUUUUCAGGGUGUGUCGGCCCGUGCCAUUCGGAAAGUUCUCAACAGUGUGGUGGCUGCCUCAACGCAGCAGGACUCAAGUCCUCGAGCUCGACACUACAGAGAGGUGUGUGUUUAUGUAGCACGACUGUUGGAUACGAUGCAAGCGGAAAGGAGCAUUCGAGAUUUCGCAAAUUCCUCAAUUACUCAGAUCACCCAGCACAUCCGUCUCGUGCUCUCUGGACCUGCUUUUAACUCGCAGACCUUCGAUGCGGGAAUUUGGAACCGCUUGAUGUGUCUGACUGAGUUCAACCCUGCACAGCUGGGCCUGGGCCUUCUCAUGCAGCUGCAUCAGGAGACCCUGUCUGACCUGAAGCACUACCUCCAGCCAGGUGAGUGCCACAGUUUCCACUUCGUCCUGGAGUCCGUCCGCAUGUUUGGGUCACCACGGCUGAUCUCUGUGAACAGCACCCGGGGGCCAGUGACCAUCGAUGAUGGCGUAGAGGUGGAUUUUUAUUUUAAAAUAUCCAAGGCAGCUUCCUUUAUGGUGCGCCUGCACUGCCGUGGUUAUGAGAAAAGCAAAGGGCACUUUGAAGUUCACAAACCUUCUUGUGUGCACAUUUCCCAGCUCCGUGAGGAAGGAACGCGGGCAAUAAAUUGCUUAGGAGGUGAAGUUUUAGCACAGGAGAAUGAUGAGAUGUGGAUUAGAGAAAGUGGGAGUGGAUGGUGGGAGGAACUGCAGUGUAUAGCGCUGAGAUGUUCUGUGCAGCUCAAGGAUCAAGGCUGCUGUUUUAUGAUCACCUCCUCAGAGUCAGAGUGUAUAGUGAAGUUUAUCUACAGACGUGGGAGGCUGUGGGCCAUAGCGCAGAGAGGAUGCGAGGUGAUAUGAGACUGAACUUUCGUGUAAUAUUUAAAGCAUCUUUCACAUAUGUACAGUUUGAAGAAAACCUUGAUGUAACUAUCAUGCUUGAACAAAAACAACCAGCCAGAUCUCAUGAGUGAGGUAGACUUGGUCCACUUUUGAGUGAACAAUUGACUCUGAAUCAACUUGCUUGCAGGAAGUGAAUCAAAAAUGCAGCAUAUUUUGGGUUACACUUUUUUUUAUGUAGCCGUGAGCUGAAGCACAAACUGAGCCAAUGCCCGGAGCUGCAUGAGCAUCAUGAAUUCUGGAUAUUUCGAGUGAUGAAGAAAAAUACUGUGAAAUCUCUCUUGUUGUCUCCAUGCUCAGGUGAUGUGUGAUUUAGUUUGGUUUUGCUCUACAUGUAAUGAUCUAUACGUGAUUCAAGAUAUUACCAAAUAAUGGAUAUGGAUUGUUGAUGUUACCGAUAAGAUACGGCUAAGGACUGAAAGCCAGUGAUGGUAAUAACAACAAUAACAACAACUACAAUGCUGUUAAGGGUCAAAACCCAAUUAUGGCUCUAGGUUAUGAACUGUUGUGUCAUUCACUAUGAAACUCUUAAAGGAAAAGUGUUUCAUUCUCACUGUAUAGUGUUAAUGCCAUACAAUAAAAUGUUUGUCUAGAAUUUA